UGCGGCCGGUGAUGGCGGCCCCGACCGGUGACGCCGGGGGAUCGCCCCUCUCCGGCUGCUACCUGCUGGUGGUUCUCAGUGAGCCCCACCGCGCCGAUCACCGGCCGCUCAUACUGCAGAGAGUCGUCAAAGGUCUCUCAUCAUGGGACCAGCGACAGUGCGGCGUCGAUCUGGGCCAGGAGCUGCAAGCCCUCAUCGAUGCCAACCCGGAGGGAGAGCAGUUCAAAUUCGGAGAACGACUAAUCCAGUUCGCCAGCGAGAACAUCGUGGCGGAGAUCCUGGUCAACCCGCAGGUGUACACCUUCCAGCAGUGUCUGAAGAACAUGCUGGCCAGCUUCACGCGACACCGGCACCUCAUCCAUGCCGGCUACGUCUUCAGCGGAAACGGCUCCUGGAUACUGCAGGACGGCACGUUUAGCGGCAGCGACCUCUUGGACGCGCUCCGAGAGACCGACGUACAGCGCGUGACGCGAGCCUACGAAUCCAGCCUGAGCGUGCACAUCCACUGUCCUGAGGAGGGCAUCUGGCGCUCAGAGUCGCUGCUCAAAGACCCCGUGUUCGCCGCCAGUAAGGUCUCAAUGAACCCCCCUGACGGCGACUCGUCCCCGGCCCAGCUGGUGGCGUUCCGAGAUUACCUAUCCGGCUUCCUGACUCCUGCCUCGCUCGAAGACCUCCUCAACCCUUCCGACGUGGUGGGGAACAUCCGCUUCAGCAGGCCCACACUCUACGUCUUCCCCGGCGGCCAGGGAGAUGCGGCCAUGUUCGGAAUCAACGGCUUCAACAUUCUGUUCGAUGGCGGCUUCAGCCGGCGCACUUGCUGCUGGAACUUCGUUCGUCAUCUCGACCGACUUGACGCAGUGCUGAUGUCAAGGCUAAACAACGGGAAUCUCAUGGGAAUGUCGGCCAUGCUACAGCGCAAGGUGGAUAAUGCCACUUACCCUCAGAUGGGACACUUCUUUGCCAACCUCGUGGACCAAAAGUCGGCAGUCGAUGUCGACAAAGACGCCGAUCCCCUCCUGGUGAACACGCAGCUCGAGGCCCAGAGACUGCUGGAGAACCUCAGGGCGUUGUCUCUGAAGCCGACGCCGUGUCUUCGAGAGAAUUCGACUGAACCGAUCAAUCUCUAUCACAAGGUGGGACACGGACGGCUGGACCUGUAUGUGCUCAACCCUCAGAGAGACGCCAAUGAAAUGCAGGCCUUCCUCCGGAGCUGGACGGAGGGACCCGACCAGUCCCGGGUUACACUCCGCGUCAAAGGCAGAGAGUUCCCAGUGGCAAACUUGGUGUCCAUCUGCUGUCUGCUUGUGUGGGUGCCAGACGAUCGUCACGACACAGUUACUCGACUCCUCUUCCCCGGCUCCACCCCUCAGCAGAAAGUGUUCGAAGGUCUCGACCGACUAAAACACCUUGACUUCAUGAAGACACCAGUGUGCUACGUCAAGUCGCUCGGCGUCAAGAAGCACAAGACACUCGACACGCUGAUCAAGUCUGGAACGAAGGCGCCACCGAUCGGUUCACGUGCAGAGAGAAUCGAGAGGGUAGAGGUGGAGCAGAAGCGACGUGUUCGAUCAACGAGCAGACACACACGAAACGGCGACGCAACCGACGCUGUCAAGAAGUCCGACAGAGGUGACAAAGAGCUGCUCGCUGAGAUCAAAGCCAAGAAACAGGAGGCUAACAAAGAACGAGCAGAGAGGGCUCCCGCUGCGAAGCCAAAACCGCCAAAAGCAGAGAAGGUAGAUCAGCCGAAAGAACCUCGGCCUGUUUCUGUACCACGACAGAAGAAGGCAAAGGACCAAAAAGAUGACAACAAACAGACGGACGAAAGCUCCGAGGGUAAAAAUGGUAGCGUAGCCAGUCUUCCGAAGGAGGAGAAGGAGCAAACGCCAGUGAAGACGAAGAAGGACGUCAGCAACAAAAUGAUUGUUGAGGAAAAAAAAGUGUCCCGAACAACAACAAAAGCAAAACAGACUAAAACCGACACGAAAACCAAGACCACUGAAAGCAAGGUAGCAUCAAAGACCACCGAUACCAAAACGGCGAAGGCCGGUGAGGUGAAGAAACCCGCAGAGAAGGCAAAGAUGCGCCAGGACACGAAGAGUGAGAAAGUCACCGGUGCGAGGUCUCGCGUGAAGCCUCCUGCAUCCCCGAAGCACGUCCGCAGCAUCAAGCCGAAAGCCGCACAGGGGGCUAAACCGCCAGCAACAUCAACACCAAAAGCAAAGGCGAGCCAGGAACAAGAGGUUAGCACAAUGCGAGGAAGUGGUGACAUCGAGGAAGUCACAAUGGCAGGCGAUAUGCUAACGGUGACAAAGGUCACCACCGAGGUGCAGCGAUUCAUCGAGGAAGUACAGGAAGGUGAUUCCCUUGAGCAGGUGAGCGGCGACUUUAGCCGCGAAAUCGAGACAGACUCCCUCGAACUCCGCAAAGUAGAUGAAAAGGUUGAUAGUUUGAAACAAAGUCCAACCACAGACGACUCGAAAGAUCUUAGACAGUCCUCAGAGGAGGUUUUGCGCCGAACAGAUAUUGAAGAGGCUGUGAUACUACGCGCUACCAGUGAGCAAAAAUCUCCACCACGUCCAUCUGAAGAGCAAAUGAAGCUUGCCGACUUAGAGCGGGUGUCUACUCAAAAGAAAGAUGCUGUCAAGACUCCAGAUGAGGUUGCAGAGCUUCCUGAACAUGAAGCACUGGAAAUCUCGGAACAUGAGGUACAACACAUGCGGACAGAAGAGCGUGGUAGAAGUACCGAUGUCAUGACGGCGAGUCACGAGCCUCCAACAGAAGACGACACGGAGAAAGAGAAGGAGUCGGUCGCUGAGGAGAAGCUCACAUCGCCAAAGGGCGAAAAAGACGAGCUGAAUCGUCGCACCAAAGACAACACACCAGAGGAGCCCCAGGACGAGGAGCUCCCGUCAGCAGACAUGGGUGCUGAAACACGCGAAUCCCCCAGCCCGACUCCAGGUUAUGUCGAGGGAGGGGAACCCAGUCCAAAGAACUCUGGACAUCUAGAUGACAUUUACACCUCACCGAGACGGGACAUCUACCCCAUUGGCGAGCCGUACGUGGAAAAGGGUGUGGAGGCUGAGACCCGACACGAGACAGUGCAGCAAGAGCGCGCGGAGACGGUGAUGCUAGCUAGUAGUACCACCACCCCUUCACCAUCAUCACCCUCACGGGAUCGAUGGGCCACUGAGGCACCACAUCUGCCUAGCGUCGACGAACGGUCUCUGGAAGAGGCGGUGCCGAGGGAUGUCAGCACCGCGAGCGGUGUGACCGAGCUCAGCACGGUAAAGAUCGAGGAUCUGUACUGUGAAUCAGACAAGGUGACGCCUGAGACACAGACUGAGUCCAAGGAAGCCGACACAAAAGUGUCACCGAUUGAGGAGUCUGCCAAAGAUGAUUUGAAAUAUCUUCAAAAAGAUAUGAAGACCACCGAUAUCGUCAAAAAGUCACCAGAAAAGACAGAAGAGGUAGCCAAACAAAAAGAGUUCGUCAGGGAGGGCGUUGAAGAACAGUAUCCCACAAAGGAGGAUGAACCAUCAGCUCCCGGUACUAAGGCUCUGGUGGCACAAGACGACGAUGCCCGAAUUCAGGCUUUCUUGAGUGAACAGGCACUUCUGGUGCAAGGAGAAACUGAACCAUCUGAGCCUAAAACAGUCGUAGAUUUUUCACAAGAUUCAACGGUGACUCCAGACAUUCGUAAGGAGGCCUCUCCAACUGAAUCAGUACCCGCUGCCCCAGCUGGAAAAGAAGAUUCGGAAAAGAUCACAGAGAAAACUUCGGAAGAGGAACCUGCUCAGCCGUACCCAGCAGCUCAGGACAAACCUGCCGAUGACGCCAAGGCUGAGAAGACUGAAAUCACUUCGUCGCCUAAGCCAGCAGUAUCAGACGUGCCUUCAGUUGAUGAGAAACAUAUCAGCAAGGUGACUCAAGAGGUUACCACGGCCGCAUCCCCGACACCACUCAAGUCUGAAAAAGAGGCUGCUCAGAGAGCUACCGACGACGAAAAGAGAGAAGAAGACAUAUUCCUACCAGCAACGACUAGCGAGAAACCAUCACCACUCGAGCAGGAGGUUCAUCUAGACAAGCAAGAAGAAACUAAACGGAUCAGUGAAUUCCUUCAGGAGCAAGCGUCACUAAUAAAGGCUGAAGGUGAAGUUUUAAGUAAGGCCGACGAUCAAGAAGUUUCAACAACAGCACGCAUUUCACAAGGCGCUGAUGAGAAGGCUCAACACGAAGUUAAGGUCUCAGCGAGUGAGACAGAUAUCCACCCACCCAUGGAUGAUUCAAAACCUCUGCUAAAGGAAGCAGAGAUCAGCGAUGAAAAGCUGAGAGACCAGAGUGGUAAGCCUACAUCCGAUGAGACUGAAAAACAUCAUGAAAGCCAUCUAGCAGCUGAAACCGUCCAACAAUCGUUAGCUGUAAAGGGUGAAGAGCCCAAGAGAGAAGGCAUUGCAGCUGGUGAGCCGCAAGAUAGAUUAGCAACGGAUGCAAGCAUUAAAGAACCAAUCAGCAUCACUACACCGGAUGCGAAAGGACGCGAAGAGAUUAAGUCUGCAGCUGACGAUGAUGAGCCUGUGUCUAUGGAUUCGAAGGUAAAAGAAAGCCCAGGGGAUGAUGACAAAAUUUCCACGUUCCUAAAAGAGCAAGCGUCGCUGGUACAGGAAUCCCACGAACCAUCGGAAGGAACGCAAGCAGCGUCCCCAGUUCCGGAAAUUUCACAGCUGCGUGACGCUGAUAAGAGAGAUUCCCAAAUGACGACGGCAGAGGAAAUCAUCGUGAAGGAAAAACCUUUGCAGGAUACUUCCAGAAGUCCAGCAGAACCAUCGGAUAUUCCUGCAGAUAGCUCACAAAAGGAAAGUGCGCAGGUUAGUUCGACAAAAAUACCCGACGAAGCCUCUCCUCACGCUGAUCGAGAAGAAGCGAAGCCAGCAGAGGUAUCUACCGAAAUCCGCACAGCCCCAGAGGCCAAAAAGGACUCCGAUAAAGAGAUCAGCAAAGAAGCCAUUAAAAUGUCCCCAGACCAAGCCACUAGACCGGAAGACGCUUUAGAUGAAGUCAAACAGCAUGCACAUGAGACUAGCGACGAGCUGGCAAUACCCAAGGUGUCCAAGAGCGCUCCAAAGGAUGAACAGGUUGAUGCCUUCCUCCAAGAGCAGGCAGCACUCAUCCGAGCGGAGAAAUUUGAUGAAGCAGAACCAACAAAAGAGAGCAAAGUGGUAGAUGACGGCAAGAUUAUGUCAACUACUCAAUCUGUCUCCAAGGAACCAGUAACCGUAAAGGCCGAAACCAAAACUGAGCCCGAACAGACACCUCCAGCAAAGACGAGUGAAGGUCCAACAACACUUGAUAUCAAAGAGCCUGACACUGUGCAGCGUGAUGACAGCAAAGAUGACAAACAAAUUACCGAAACGAUCAAACCUACAGAGCUUGAUACCAAGACCGAACAGCCGGUUGUGAAAAUGCCUGAUGAAAAGGAUGUGAGUGCACGUGAGCUUCAACAAGAAAAAGAUAUUUCCCCAGAGGCAGCCGAACAGGGUAUGAAAAGUAUUUCAUCGGAUGCACCAACGAUGGAAUCGUCUACGAUUGGUGUUUCGGAGGCUAGGAAAACGACGUCAUAUACGGAGCACGUUUCUACGUCAUCUGUUACAAGCAUAGUGAAGACCACAGAAGAGGAUUCACAAGAUACCAAACAUGAGCAGUUUAUAUCAACACUUUUGAAAGAACAGACUGGAACAGACAUGUCGGCGCCAGUCCAAGACGUAAAGCAAGUAAGUGAAAGCUUAGAGAGUGCUACCUACGACAGGACAUACACACCAGAAGUACCCAUUUCCGAUACAGAGAAGCCGAGCCAACAAGAGAUACAUGCAUCCCAGCCAACAGCGGAAGCACGGACGCAUGAACCCACAUCAGCACCUGUAACGCCUCAUGGAGAAUCUGAAGCAGUACCAAAGGAAAAAGAUGGUGAUGUGCGGGAUGCAGAUUCGAAACCAAUCAGCUAUUUUGAAGAAACAAAAGUCGUCAAGGACGGCAAAACGAUCACUUCGAAGGAUGACAAGCCCUCGAGAGAUCAAUCAACGACCGAACUAACGCCUGCCCUUUCAAAACAGGAGCAGUCACCAAGCCUAGCAUCAUCAGUCCCAGAAGAGGAGCCAUGCUUUGACGACAAUGCACAAAUCAAUGCCUUCCUAACAGAGCAAGCAGGACUGGUCAAAGACAGCCAGUCUGAGGAAAUAAUCCAAGACGUGGAAGAAAAGGCUUCUGAACCAGACACUGCUGCUCGUUCCGAGGACAAGGACCACGUUGAUGCUUUCUUAAAGGAACAAACUGAUCUUAUAAAGGACACAAAAUCUGAAGAGAAAAUUGAUGUCAAGGACAUUUCAAAAGAGCAUGUGACUAUAACUACAAGCACCAAGAGUGAGGAACGAAAAGUCAGUAAGCCGUCUGAAGGAGAGCUUGGCAGAGAAGAUGCUCAGAAAGAGUCAACCGAACACAAAACCGAAAAGGUUCAGCAAAUCGAAGCGAUAGUUCCUUCAUCUGAACAUCAUGUGGAAAAGGAGGCUGAACACUUCAAAGAAAAAGAACAGGAAAAACAGAUUCAGGAAGAGUUGCAUGGCAAAAAGGAAGAAAAGGAUGAUGAUAGCGACAAAGCAACAUCAGCCAUCACCAAACCCAAAGUUGAGGCAGUCAUUGGAGAACAUACUGCUUUUGUAUCUGAGGCAGAGCAUGUCAGCGCGCCACAUGAUUCUGCAUUGCAUAAGCCAAUUAAAACGCAAGAAAAAUCAUCUGUUCCCACGCCUGAAGAUCUUCAAGAGAAAGAAAAAACAGUGAGCCAAGAAAUUCCGCCCAUCAAGGAAGUCAUUCCAGAGCCCGCCGUCACACUGGACACGAAAAUAGCGCCAAAGGUACUUGAAGAUGCUCCUCACAAGCCAGACCACCCUUUCGAAGGUACCCAUGUUCCAGUUCCUGCAUCACCCGAAGUUGUUCUUAAAGAACAAGUGGAGCUGGUAAAGGACACCACCGUCAUCAAGGAAGAAGCCGCUGCUAAAGAAACAAAACACUAUGAAGAACCCGAGAAGGAAACAAAGCCAGCAGGGGAAGCAUCUCUCUCAGACGUUAAGUCUGAUCAAAGCUCAACUCAGGAACGAAAUAUCUUACCUGCAUCUACUGACGCAGAGGCAAAACCUAAAGAACAGCUACCAGCAGCAAAGAAGACCGAGUUCCAAGAAGUUCAGGAAGGCGAAAAAGCUACAAAACAAGAGGCGAGACAAGAGGUGCGUAUUGAAGAAACCAAGCAAGACGUGGGCAUUGUCAGAACAGAAUCACCUGAGACAACUUUCCUAAAAGAACAAGCCAAACUGGUGCAAGAGACUGUUCCCGUUCAGGAUGAUGCACAUGUCAAAGAGACAAAGGCACCACCAAGUAUAGCUACGACGGAGUCGCCAGAAAUGGCCUUCCUCAGAGAGCAGGCAGAAUUGGUGAAGGAGAAAUAUUCAGUCUCGGAUGAUGGAUCGGAGAAAGAGGGCAAGCUGGACGAUGGCAAGCUCGCGACAAGCGCUGUUCCAUCAGAGGAGCUCAAAGAUACUUCCAAGGAAACUGAAAAACUGUCACAAAUUUCUACCACAGACGGUCAGAAGCCUGCGACAGGAGAAAUUGCUGGAGGAAAGAUUGAUGAAAAGAAGGACGAUUCCGUUGUUCAUGUGGUUGACGCAGACAAGAAACAAGCGCACGACUCAACGCUAGUCGAAGAAAGUGCUCCACAGAGGCAGACCGACAUGAGUCCUCAAGCAACUGAUAAGACAUCGAUUGUUUCUGAUGUCAGGACAGAAUCUCCAGAAACAGUCUUCCUGAAAGAACAGGCAGAGCUGGUCAAAGAAACAGAACCCACUCAAGAGCAAGUUACUGGCAAAAAGACCACAGAAAUGACGGGCUUGGUGACCAAAGAAACAACUGGUACGCUAGAAAAAUCAAAGGAUCACUUACCAUCAGAAAAGAUAGAAAUACCUUGCAGCGAAGCGUCGUCGACUACAAGAGCAGAAGCAUCUCCUUCUCAGACUGCAGCACCUGUCGAAAUUGAGUCAAUCGAGACGCAGCCACUGUCAUUAGCCGAAUCAACCACUAGCGAAGUCUCCGUGUCUAGUACUCCAUCAAAGAAGACGUCGUACAUCAUCGAAGAAUAUGAAGUUAUCAGUCCACGCCGACGUCAGCAAUACGAAGAUGUGGAAGAGAUUGUGACCUACAGUCCAAAGGCAGGAUCACGAAAGGUGAGCGAAGUGAAGGUCAUCAGCAGCGCAGAAGAACCUUCAUCUCGCACGUCUGAGCAACAGGUCGCUGUAGAGAAGCUUAGCGAACAAACCGCUUCAGUCAUGCAGCACACAGCUGGUAUUACCAAAGAAGAGUCCAAGCCCAUAUCAGUCAGUGUUCUAUCAGAGUCGAAGCCCAUAUCAGUCAGCGUUCUAUCGAAGAGCGUUGAAAUGACUCACUCAGGCAAAUCAUCCGAGGUGGACCCUGCUGAUAUCGAAGAAAGGGUAGAAUCCGUUCAGGCAUCCCACAGCAGCUAUAAGGCACCUACGAGACUGACUGGCGAUGAAGAUGUGUCAGCUGAUAUCACAACACGUUCUAGUGUUGAUUCUGACAUUGAGUCUCAAAUUCAAACCAUUAAAGCUUUUGAAGAGAAACUGAUAACAGAAGACAUCGAAAAAGGCCUUGAAGAGCAGGUCAUGGCUAAGGAAGUGUCGUAUACCAGCCACGCCGAGCCACCAUCACGCUCAGAAAAACGCGACACCGACACUGGACCAGUACCUACAGCCAGUCGAGAUAUUGAUGAAGAUGACUUGAUGACUCAAAUACUAAGUGGCAAAGACAUAGCGACUGAUGCUGCUAAAGACAAGCCAGUUAGCCCCAAGGAUACAACCGAGCCCACAGGGAAGGAAAUGCCCAAAAUGUCGCCCCAGAAAGACGCAUCAGACGAUGAAGACGUCGUGAAGGAAAAGGUUUCGAGCUUCGACGACCCGAUGGUCUGUGGAAAGGACGACAAAUCACUGCCGCACAAGGUCACAACUGAUCCUGCAUUUGACCACUGCAACAUCAGCCCUACGAGCGCACAAGCGGGCAUUGAAGACGCUCUUCUACAGACGGGAGCCAGUUUAAUCGCAAAGUCUUCCAGCUACGAAACGCUGGCCGCUGCAGCUGGAAAACUGGAUGACAAGCCACUAGAAACAAAGACCGUGCAUAAGCCUGUUGAGAAAGACCUCGACUCCCUUCUCAGUCAAAUUCAAUCAUACGAACAAUCAAUGCCAGUUCAUACUGAUGGGAAAGAGAAACUGCCUUCUCCACUGACUGAAGCACCACCAGCACCAAUGCAGCCAAAACCAGCUGCGGAUCUCUCAUCAAAACUCGAUGAACUCGAAUCUGAUGUCGAUAAGAUCAUGAAGACAAAACCAAGCAAGGUCAAGGUCGAUGACGUCUGCAUUGGAGAGGAUGAUGGAGCUGACUACGCAAUGGAUGAAGAAGGACCAAUCACAUGUAGGAAAAUUGCAGAUCUUGGACCAAUCGCUGGGAAGGAUGACGUCGCGACGAAAGAUUCUGGGCAAGCCGGCGAAGAAAAACAACCGAAGACUGCCGAAACUUCUGACAUUAAAGAUGCUAAAGAGAAGACAGAAGACAGCAAGGAUGAUGGACAACCAGCAAGGACACCAGAAAAGACUCCAGAUGAGCCUAAGGGUGACGUCACUGUAACUAGCGCGGAUGGAAAGGAAAAGCCCCAAGAGGAAUCAGGAAAGGACGACUCAUGGCUCGAUGAGCAAGUAACGGAAGUCGCCGAAAAGACACAUCCCACAAGCAAACACAUCGCAGCUUUCCCGGCCACAACCACCAAGUCUCCCCGUAGAAAAGUUGUCGAGUCUCCAGACUUAUCCGACGACGAUUUGCUAACAGAUGAGGCAAAGGCUAAAGCCCGAAGCCCUCCAGCAGCACAUUCACCAGACGAAAAAUCGAAAGCGGUUGCGAAACCUGACUUGACACCAGAUCACGAAAAGGCACCCCAGCCCAACAAGGAGGUAACUAGCACACCAUCCCCUCAAGGUCAAACUGCGCAGGAGCCUUCGCCCAUAGUGCUUGUGAAAGACGAAGCAAAACAAGUCGACCUAAAAGGAUCAGCUCCAGCGGAGCCCAUUUCUCCCUCCCCUGGUGAGAUGGGUUGGAUCGCAGCCGAGCCUCCAGCGGACAAGAGGCCCGUCAGUGAACCCGAUGACGUAGUCUCCAAGAAAUCCGAAGGAGGCGUAAAAGCUGAGGUCACAUCUUCCACACAAGAAGAGACAGCUAGUCACAUCGACAGUACACAAACUGGCGACGAUAUCGAUGCACGUCCCUUCAAGCCAUCGGAGGUCGAUUCUCAAUUCCUGAAGACCGAGGAUUCCAUGAAUGGUAACGCUGGUGGCGAUGCCGAGAGCACCGUAGUCCAUGAGCUGAUGGAUGCCGGUGGAAUUUUGUCAGCGUUGGUGCCGGGAGCUGCCCAACGGUUUGAAGGCCUACACCAUGAGGAGCCCACCGCCGCUGCGCCGAGUGGCGCCGACCCGGGCCCAGCCAAGCAAGCCGACGCAGCACCGAGCAGUGCCGUCUCUGGCGUUGCCCCAGCGGAGCAGAGCUUCUCGCCGACUGCGCUGCCAGUCGAGCGUCGAGAACUAGGAGAGGGCCCGGGGGCGACGUCGGGCGCUGUGGAUGUAGUAGAUGUCGCUGACGGUGCAGGCGGUGGCAGCGUGGGAUGGAUCUCCGAGAAAGUGUCUGAAAAAGACUCGGGACGAGAUGCAACGGUUAGUGAGAAAGUGACUGAGGUGACUACCAAAGAAGAUCCACAAGCUUCACCACCAGAUACAGUUCCCAAGACUGAGAUGGAAGACACCACUUCAGCUGGUAUUAUUCAGAUAACAGAAACAGCGGCAGAUGCCAAAGAUGUAGGCGGUGGCAAACAAACAAAACCAUGUGGCGAUAAAACGAAAGAAGUUGAAAUGGAGGACGUUAUCAUUACGGAAACCACUCAAGCUUCCAAUGAUAAGGCUCCUGAACAAACACUCGGAAAAAUGUCUCCCUCAAAGCCGCUAGACACAGACGAAAAGACUGUAGAAUCGACCACCAAGGGCGCUAGCCACCUCGCGCACGAUGUACCCGAAAAGGAUGCAAAAGGAAAAGAAUCUUCCACUUCGGCGACAUUGUCCUCUCUCGCAGACAGCGCAAGCGAAGGCUUGACUACCCAAACCCAAGCCGUAAAAGAAUCACCGGCUGCUCAACUGCCAGAUGAACCUGCAGUCUCACCUGCCAAAAGUACAGAUAAGGUGCCCGAGGAAACGACAGCAAGUCACAUAGGGCAUGUCAUACAUGAUACUAUUGCAGCAGCUGAAGACCGAGCAGAAAAGGUCAUCUCAUCGUUGUCAACAACUAUCUCUUCACUUACAGAAAGAACCAGCACAGAAUUAGGUUCCACAGGUGACACUGAAGUUAUCGAAAAAUCAGAAACAGUUACUGCAUUAGGAGAGCGGGAUUCCUCCGUACCUGUAGAACAGGUAAAACAACAAGAGGGUUCGCCUGUAACUGAUCUAAAACAUCUUGCACAUGAUGUGCUUGUGACAGCAGAGUCAGAAGUCGAAAAGGCAGCUUCAACGAUUUCGUCCACAUUAGCUUCCUUCGCAGAGAGUACGGGUAUCGUAUCGCACACUGAUAGUGUCAAGGCCCCGAAAGAUUCCACCGAAAAGAUUCCACCGAAAGAUUCCACCGAAGAGGAUAGGCCCGCACAUAGGCCGAAAGAGACGACAGACGUAUCUGCCGAAGAGUCGACACUAAAACAUCUGGAGCAUGUCGUUCAUGACACCAUCGUUGCUGCAGAGUCUGAGGCCGAGAAAGUGGCAUCAACCAUCACCUCCACGCUAUCUUCAUUUGCAGAAAGCGCUGGUCUAGGACUGGGCAUUGUCUCCGCUGAAAAACAGCAGCCUGAAUCUUCUACAGAGCCUGUUGGUGGAAAGCCCGCCGAAGCAUCAACGGUCAAAGACAAGGCUUCUGUUAGUGCAGACACACUCGUGACCAAAUCACCUGCCGAGAAGAGCCCGACGUCGGACACGCAUCUACCAGCCUCGCGGUCACAGUCCACACCAGUAGCGGCAUCACCUGUAGAUGUUCCCAAGGACCUGAUACGUCAAACAUCUGACAGCACCCAUCCGGCAGGCGCCGCAGAGCCGGAGAAGAAAGCUUCCGUCACGGAUCUGGUAGAUAGCGCCAGCAAGGAAGUAGCAGCCACCGCUGCUACAGUCGAAAAGACUGUCUCAGGCCUGAUGAGUUCUGCAAAGGAUGUACUGAGCUCGGGAAAGGAAACUGUUCAAGAUGCCGCUGAAGCUGUGCGAGACGAUGUGAGUAAAAUCGCAACCGAUGUUUCGAAAGAAACGGAGGAGGUGUUAACAAAGGCUAAAGAAUCUACAGAGGGGACUGCCGCCAGUGUGAAAGAAGACACAGCUCACGUUGUUACUUCAGUUGGCCAGUACAUCGCCGAAGCGUCCGCCAAAAUUGAAGAUUUUAUGACAGGAAAGAGCAAACCUGAAAGUGCUGAGGAUCUGUCAGACACGGAUACAAAAGAAGACACCUCAAGCAUAACCUCCAGGUUUAUGGACAAAUCUGAACAGAUUUUCGAGGAAAACGGUAAGAAAUCAGAUGACAUAAAAGAGAUAGCUAAACCGGAGACCCAGGCACAGGAACUGAGAAAGGACGCCAAAGAAAUCGUUUCAUCUGCUAAAGACGUGGUGGAAGAGGCUGUCUCAUCCACAACUGCAUCUACAACGGGAUUGGUCACGCCACCAAUGACACCAUCUGUCUCAGACAAGGAAGGAGCAGCAAAAGAUCAUUCAUCCUUAGCUGCGGAAAGUAAGCCUCUUGAUACUAAGUCUGACUCAUAUACAGCAAAGAAGGACAGCCAUGACGAUCUCGCUGGUGCUGGGUCACUCACUUCAGCGAUUGGCUCCACCUUGCAGUCAGCUGGUCAAAUCCUAUCGGAUGCAGCACUCAGCGCUGCUGAGAAGCUCGAGAAACAAAUCAUUUCUGUAGAUGAUGCUGAUAAAUCCUCGUCUGUCACUUCUAAACAAGCAGAAGAGACUCCACAUCCCGCGGAACAGCGACCAGACAAGGAAUCGGCCCAGUCAUCUACUUCUGGAGUGCUGGACACGAUAAGUUCGUCCGUUGCCACCGCCACGGAUACCACCAGUGCCACAGCUGAACGCAUUGGAGACUCUGCCGUGCAGAUGUCGUCGGAGGCUGUGAGCGCAGUUCAGGAGAAGGCUUACGAUGCCAAAAAUGGCAUUCUGGAAACCGCAAAAACGGCUCAGGAGUUCACAGAAAACACAACUGAGAGCCUAAAAAGAGAUAUGAAAGAAAUGGCUGCAGAAGCACACCAAGCGGUAGAUAAAUCUGCAGAUAAGAUACUAAAGACGCCGGAGGAAAAAAGCGACCUCUCUAAAGAUAUAAAGGACAGAACAGCAGAUGCAACCAAGACUGCUGCAGAGGUUGUGGAUAGAGUAACUACAGCUGCCAAGGAGAAAGCGGCUGAGACGGACGCGUCCGUUGAAGCUGCAAAAGACAGCUUACAGGAGACGGUACGAAGUGGUACAGAUUCGGUUGCCUCAGGAAUUGAAGAAAGUAAGCGCAAAGCGGAAAGUGUGGCAGAUGCUGGAAAACAGGCUGUUACCGACUUUGUCUCAUCCGUUGAUGAUAAGGGUGCAUCAGCGUUCCCUGCUGCUGAACAGGCAGUGCACAAGACAACGACUGAAGUUGCCUCCGCAGUUGAGUCAGCAAAAGAAACUGUUGCGGACUCAACGGCAGAGUUCAUUACAAAGGCCCAGUCAAGUGCAAACUCGGCGACCAAGGAAAAAGAAAAGGAGGCCGAAACUAUUGCAGCUACUGUGGGUGACUCAAUAGCAGGUGGAAUACAUGUAGUCAAAGACGCGGUUGAAUCAGUUGCUGCAGACAUCAAAGAAGGAUUCACCAGUGUGUCACAUGAGGCCACCGAGAAAAUUCAUUCAGCGCUUGAGUCCACUGAGCAAACGACCAAAGAAAGUGUAGGUAGCGUGCAUGAUAAAGAACAAUCGUGUGUGCCAGCAACUACAGAAGCCGUUUCAGACGCCCUCAAACAAGCAUCAGAUACCGUUAAAUCGGCUGCAAAAGUGUCUAGUGAAAGUGCAGCAUCAGAGGCCGAAAAGACCAAAGAAUUCGUUGACUCCGCCCGCGAAGAAGCUGCACAGCUCGCCGCUAAGAAGAGUGAGGAAGCGAUGACUGUUGCUGCAGACAUCACAAAAACGGUCGGUGAUUCUGUAUCCAGCACAGGGGACGCACAUCCCGAUAGCGCUAAAGAUCAGGUCAAGCUAGUGGCCAAGGAAUCACAAGAUGUAUUGUCUUCUGUCGCCAAGGACGUUGCGGAUGACGUACAAACGGCCGUCAAAUCUGUGUCGGAUGUCUCGGAAAAGGUAGUGGAAGAGACGAAAUCGGUGGCCAAGGAAAGUGAGGAGCCAAUAGUACAGCAUCUAAAGGAAGCCAAAUAUCGUGCAGGUGAAAUGGCGGCAGAUUUAGGUGAGGCUGCAAAAACUCAUAUUCAGGAAACCAAGGAAGUUGCCUCUAGUAUGACAAAAUCUACCGACCAAGUUCAGCAGGAUACUACGGAUCAAACGAAGUCAAUCGUGAGCGACGCCAAAGACACAAAACAGGCCCAGGUCAGUGAUGUAGCAGAAAAGACAGCGAAAGAACUGGCAAAGCAAACUGCAGAUAACCAAGAUCAACUAACAGAGUCCCUGAAAACUUCUUCCGACUCAAUUAAGACUGGCUUAGCAUGCUCAGUAGACGAAAUAGCGUCGGCUACUAAAGAAGCUCAAAAAGACGCCGCAGUCGAAAUAAAAGAGACCAAGAAAAGUGCUGAAACAGCGACGCAGGACAUCAAGGAUACUGUCAGCGCUGCAGCUGAAGAAGUUAUUGCAAAGGCAGAUGACGCCUCCAAGCAAUCUCAAGAAGCUUUAUCAAGCGUUAUAGCUAGUGCGACGGACACUACAAAGGCUGCAAAAGGGGACACAGAAGAAGGUCUAAAGGAAGCGGCGAAACAAGUUCAGGAUCAAGCAGACCAGGUCAAAACAGCCGUAGAGCGAGCGAUAACUGAUGCGGCUCAAUCAGUCGGAGAGCAAUCGGCGGCUGCAGCAAAAGCUACUGAUGACACCCUUACAACGAGCAUUACAGAGAUUCAAUCACAUGUCACAGACGCUGUGAAAAACGCCAAGGAUUUGGGAUCUCAGGUAGAAAAAUCGUCCGCCGUCGUUGUAGAAGAUGUUGGAAAGAAAGCAGCCGAGACCGAGAAGCAGGCUGAAGAGGCUCUGUCCGUAGCUGAGGAAACGCUUACCAGCGCCGUGAAAGGUGCAUCAAGUGAAAUCAAAGCAAAAGCUCAGGAAGCCGAUGUGGCGAUCUCGUCCGAAGUGCUAGGCGUUAAGGAGAAAAUGUACACUGUUGCUCAAGAUGUAGAUGAUUAUGUUAAAGAGAAGUCUAGUGAAGCUCAAAAAGAUAUCAAAGGAAUUGAAGAAACACUAGCCACCAAAGUUGAAGGAACUUUGGAACAAGUUCAAGCCACAGGCGAUGAGAUGAAAGAGACAUAUACGAAAACUGUCACUGACGUUGAGCAGCAGGUCAAACAGGCUAGCUCCGAAGCCCUCCAGACCGGGCAUGAAGUCGUGCAGCAAGCAAAAGAGACAACCAGUCGCCUACAAGAAGACGCCAAAGAGACAAUGACCGCCGCUGACGAGCAACUAAGCAGUGCCGUCAAGGGAGCAGAGCAAACGGUCAACUUGGGAAUCGAGAAACUCGGACAACUGGCCAGAGAGGCCGACAGUCAGCUCAGCCAAGCCAAACAGGGUGCCGCAAAGGCCGCUGAUGACUCCGCACGAGCUGUUGGAGACACACUGUCCGGCUUGGAAAAGGGCGCUAGCGACGCCAUGCAAGAAGCAGAGAAAGUGGCAAAGGCGACAGCUGGCACCGUGGCGACUGGAGUCGAAUCCGUAGUCCAGGGAGUUAGCUCAGGGCUUUCAGAGGCAGAGCAAAGCCUGCAAGCAGGCGCCGAACAGGCUGCAACUGAGGCAUCGGAGAUGGCCGAAUCCAUGUACCAGAGCGCAGAAGAGACAUUAGAAGAAGCCAGCUCAUCCGUUCGCAGUACCUUCGGAGGACUGUUUGGCUUCGGCAGACGCAAAUCAAAGGAUACAAAAGAAGUCAAGGACACAAAAGAGCCAGACACUAAGGAUGUCAAAGAAUCACCGAAAGCAGAAAAGAAGACCAGCAGUGGUGGAUUCUUCAGCAAGAUGUUCGGACGCAGGUCGCCGGAGGAGCCUGCGAAACCCGCGACUGAAGACAAGCCCGAUAAGCCAGCGGUCUCCGAGCACCAAUCCGCACCAGAGCAGCAGAGUGAGGUGGUCGAGGAGCCCGUUGUGCGUCGGGAAAUUCACGCGCCGAGCGAAGAGGAGCGUCGCUCGUCUUCAGAGCUCAGUGACAUCCGCGAAGAGGCGUCGGGCAGCUCGAGCACGCGAGAGCCAUCCUCACCCCGAGCACCGUCCACCUUCGAAGCUCCUCCGGCUGGCGCCGAGGGCGGGGAGCCACUGCGCCGGCCGCGCGACGCGCUCGACCCCAUGACCAGCUCGCUGCACGAGUCGUUCCACGACGUGAUGACCGGCUCCUUCCACGAGGCCCUGCAGGGAGGCGAGGAGACACUCGGCCUGCCUGGAGUGGAGUUCCGCCAGCCACGCUCCCCUCCUCAGUCCCUUUCCCCGGCCACUAACCAGCAGGACGGCGAGCCUGACGAGCCCGUUCCCGGGUGGGGCCCGCCGCUGGGUCUUCCUUCGCCAGUCCCGCCACCAGACCAUGGCGGGGUGCAGACGCCACCGCCCACCAAGCGCGCCAUCAUGUCCAGGGCGCGCGCCAGUGACUCGCCGCGCGGAGGGCGGAUAUCGGGACCGCCACCAGUCUACCUGGACCUGGUGUACGUUCCACAUCACGCCAACAGCUUCUACUCGGGCGUGCAGUUCUUCCACCGUGUGCGCGCCCGCUACUACGUGUUCAGCAGCAUCGAGCCAAGCCGAGAGGUGUUCAACGCUCUGUUAGAGGCCAAGCAGCAAUGGGAGGACAAAGACUUGGAAGUCACCAUCAUACCGACCUAUGACACGGACACCCUCGGUCACUGGUUCGCCUCUAACGAGCAGCAGCUGGAGGACCUGAGGAUCGACCUGGCGCCCUCGGCCAGCCGCUGCACCAUCAACCUGCAGGACCACGAGACCAGCUGCGCAGCUUACCGGCUCGAAUUCUAAACACCAGCGCGCACUAGAGAGUGCGAAAGCACCGAGCAUAGACUGAAACCAAUAAUCAGCGAUAGUGAAGUGUUCCAGAGUGUGGAAAUCAUUACGUCCAUCGGAAGCAGGGUGUUUCUCUCGAAAGCGCGUGUCUCUGUCCGAAGAGGCAUCAGCUCUCGAAAGAAAACGCCACUUAGCUCGAGUGUACUGCGAAACGCGCUAUCGCGUACGCGCAUCGAAGCGCCGCUCUUUGCUGGCGAUAGCACUAAACAGUGGACGUUUUCGCGCGUCCGUCCGUGGUCCAGCGGACCGCUCUAGGAUAACAAAUUGUGUGGAGAGAAGUAGCCAGGCCGACCGGUGACGUCAUAGGACAGUCAGCGUGACGUCAUCGGGGCGGUCGUUGUGACGUCGUCAGUGCCGACUGAGGAGGCGGAUUUUGUUCAGUUUCAGCGGCGAGAGGCCGGACUUGGGCUGUGGUUGGUGUCGCCCUCCCUCAUCUCUCUUUCGCGCGUGAAUGGGAGUGCACAUGCAGGACUGUAGCGAGCGUGUGAGGUCGAUGCCCGGGUGAUCUUGUUGCCUUGUUUGUUGAAUGACGCUGAGGCCGCGCCGGGCGACCGGACCGUUGUCUAGGGGAGCUGUCCUUCAUUUAUCCACGCCCUCCCAUCCAAACCCCUCCUCCACUGCCAGCACCACUCUUGCCAGCAUCGAGCUCGGCAAAGAUGGACAAGAAAGGAAGAACGUGGUUGAAGAGACAAGGCCAUGGCCAGAGGAGACGCAGAGAAAGGUCGCUGCUGAGACAAUGCGGACUUGAAACCAAUAGCACUGAUGGUGCUACAGGUCGUGUGAACACCGGAGCCAACGACCUGUUUUGUAGAGGACAGCCAGCCAGAUCCGGGAAGUUCCUCCUAGUGCUGUCUUCGGGCAUUUUACAGCUCUCAUGGCGUGGCAAACCCCAUUAAAAUGAAUCUCACAAAGCCAGGGAGAAGCGAAUGAAGACAUCCAUGCCUACGAUGAGCCGUAUUAUCCACAUCGCUUGAAGAUGCUGAGGUGUGUUCGCUUUCUUGACCGCAACAUCAUCUGAGUUCUUAUGAAAUUUGCACGACAGCUAUAUUCCUUUAAAUCCAUUUUCUUUCCCAGACUUGCGUGAAGCGCUUCCAACUGAAGCGCGUUAUACCCAUCCGUUUCGUAACGCUAGUCUCGUUUCUCUUCCACCCACGGCUUCCUUGCGCCUCCGCAGAAGACGUUUGUCCGGUCGCUCGGAAACCCGCUGUAGAUUAGACGCUUUCGGCACCCGGGCUAAGAAGUUGCGGUGACGUGAGAGUGUGAGCUAUUCUCCAGGCGAGAGGGCGCGUGUCCUGGGGUGUGUUGAUGGUUACCAGAGAACCCAGGGGAGGCUGAUGUCAUAGCGACGCAGCGGAACGUGAUCUCAGAUGCAGAGUGCAGUGUGUCGCAGCUCAGCCGCCCAUUCCCGUCCGCCGGCGCGGCGGUAGCUUCGCGUCCUCUCUUUCAAGUAGCUCUCCAGGGAGCGCGUCCUGUUCCUAGCGAGGCUCCGAGACGGCUCCUGUCUGAGAUCGUCCCGCGUGGGUUUAGGGGCACCCAGAGUGCCGCCAUGCACGGCGGCUAGGAUGGGGACCGGCCUGUGAUCGCCCGCUCUGGAGUUGUGUUCGCUCCCGUAUCGCGCAUAACCUAUGUUACGUGUGAUGUGAUACCUAUGGCUAUAUUUAAUCAAAUGUUUUAGUGAAAAGGUAUGUUUAAGGAGUUAGAGGGAUGGCACACAGCAUCCCUGAAGAGACUCAACUGUUUCGUCGACGUUCUGUGCUUUCGAGCAGCUCAUAUUUGCCAUAAUUCUGCUACUUUGAUCGUACGUUAGUCAUAAACACGUCUGCAUUAUAAAUCCACGACUUACCUUUCUCACGCCCCGUUUCCUAGUCCUCCUUUUGUCUAACCAGAGCACUAUUUGGCCAGCAUUGUGAUAUAGCUUUGUAGCCAGCUGAUCAGAAAGAACGGCAGAGUCGCCGGAAGCGCAGCGAGUUGCGAACAGUCGCUUAACUGUUAGCUGAAUGUCAAAAUACACAGCGAGGUGCGA